GCGGUCAGGGGCCGAGGCCGCGUCCGGGAGCUAGGUGUAGGGGGUGUGGCCAAAAGGCAGAGGGGUCCCUCGCGCUGGGGGAGCAUAGAUGGCUGGACACAGACUCUAGAGACUUCAAAUAAUGUGGAAAUGUUUCGACCUUCAGGUUCCACUGGGCUGAUUCCCCCAUCCCACUUCCAAGUUCGGCCCCUUCCAACUCUGCCAAGAAUGGCUCCCACGUGGGUCACAGACAUUCCCCUGGUCCAGCCCCCCACCCAUCAAGAUGUCUUAGAGAGGCGGCCAGACAACCAGAGACCUCAAGUGACCAUGUGGGAACAGGAAGUUUCUGGCAAAGGGCAGAAGCCAGGGUGGAGAGGCAGGUCCGUGGAGCUGGCGGGGUCGCAGGCCCUGAGCCAGCAAGCUGAGCUGAUCUCUCGGCAGCUGCGAGAGCUGCGGCGGCUUGAGGAGGAGGUCCGGGUGCUGCGGGAGACCUCACUGCAGCAGAAGAUGAGGCUGGAGUCCCAGGCCAUGGAGCUGGAGGCACUGGCACGGGCAGAGAAGGCCGGCCGCGCUGAGGCCGAGGGCCUGCGUGCCGCCCUGGCCGGGGCCGAGGUUGUCCGGAAGAACCUGGAAGAAGGGAGCCAGCGGGAGCUGGAGGAGGUUCAGAGGCUGCACCAAGAGCAGCUCUCCUCCUUGACACAGGCUCACCAGGAGGCUCUUUCCAGUUUGACUAGCAAAGCUGGGGGCCUGGAGAAGUCUCUGAGCAGUCUGGAAACCAGGAGGUCGGGGGAAGCCAAGGAGCUGGCUGCGGCCCAGAGGGAGGCCGAGCUGCUGCGGAAGCAGCUGAGCAAGACCCAAGAGGACUUGGAGACUCAGGUGACCUUGGUUGAGAAUCUAAGGAGGUAUGUGGGGGAGCAGGUCCCUCCUGAGGUCCACAGCCAGACGUGGGAAUCAGAGCGACAGGAACUUCUAGAAACCGUGCAGCACCUGAAGGAGGACCGGGACGGCCUGCACGCCACCGCUGAGCUGCUGCAGGUGCGUGUGCAGAACCUCACGCACAUCCUCUGCAUGCAGGAGGAGGAGCUGGCCCGGAAGGUUCAGCCUUCAGACUGCCUGGAGCCCGAGUUCACCAACAAAUGCCAGUCCCUGCUGAAGCGCUGGCGGGAGAAGGUCUUUGCCCUUAUGGUGCAGCUGAAGACCCAGGAGCUGGAGCACAGAGAAAGCGUGGAGCAGCUGAAGGGACAGGUGGCAGAGCUCCAGGAAAGAGUCGACACCCAGUGCCAGGAGCAGGACAUCCUGCAGCGCUCCCUGCAGGACAAAGCUGCAGAGGUGGAGGUGGAGCGGAUGCGCGCCAAGGCCCUGCAGGUGGAACUGAGCCGCACUCAGGAGGCCUGGCGCCGGAGGCAGCAGCAGACAGCCACGUCCGAAGAACAGCUGAAGCUUGUGGCCAAUGCUGUCAGCAGCUUUCAGACCUGGCUCCAGAGCGCCGUGGCCAAGGUGGAGCAGGCCGCAGCCCGGCUGCCCAGCCUCAGCAGCCGCGUCAGCUAUGCUGUCCGCAAGGUCCACACCAUCCGGGGCUUGAUGGCUCGAAAACUGGCCCUUGCUCAGCUGCGCCAGGAGAGCUGCCCCCCACCCCCACUGGCCCCGGAUAUGAGCCUGGAGUUGGAGCAGCUGCGGGAGGAACGGAACCGUCUGGACGCAGAGCUGCAGCUGAGCGCCCACAUCAUCCAGCAGGAGGUGGGCCGAGCCCGGGAGCAAGGGGAAGCGGAGCGGCAGAAGCUGAGCGAGGUGGCCCAGCAGCUGGAGCAGGAGCUGCAGCGCACCCAGGAGUCCCUGGCCAGUUUGGGGCUGCAGCUGGAGGCGGCUCGCCAAGGCCAGCGGGAGAGCACGGCGGAGGCUGCCAGUCUCCGGCAGGAGCUGACCCAGCAGCAGGAGAUCUAUGGGCAAGCGCUGCAGGAGAAGGUGGCCGAAGUGGAAACUCGGCUGCGGGAACAGCUCUCAGAAUCAGAAAGGAGACUGAACGAGGCCCGCAGGGAACACACCAAGGCUGUGGUCUCCCUGCGCCAGAUCCAGCGCAAAGCCACCCGGGAAAAGGAGCGGAACCAGGAGCUCCGGCGCCUGCAGGAUGAGGCCCGGAAGGAGGAGGGGCAGCGGCUGGCCCAGCGCCUGAAGGAGCUGGAGAGGGACAAGAACCUCAUGCUGGCCACCUUGCAGCAAGAAGGUCUCCUCUCCCGUUACAAGCAGCAGCGACUGUUGGCAGUUCUUCCUUCCCCAUCGGAUAAGGGGAUACCUGUGGAGACCAGCCCCAGGCCCUCAGAAUCUUCAGCGCCUGCACCUCCGGCAGCGGCUGUAUGCACCAAGGAGUCCAUCAAAGCCUCUUGGGGUUCCGAAGCACCCAGCCUCAGCCAACCCCUGACUGGGGGCCAGGAGACAGCCAAGAUGCUCAACUGGAAGCUCCUGGGGAUCCUGGUCUUUUGCCUGUUUGCUGGAGGCAUCUCAGGCAGCGGAGACCACCCAUCUCCCUCAUCCACAGAGGCCUCAGAGGAGGAGGCCCCCCCAACAUUGCCUCGGGGCCCCCCAAUCCCUGGUGACCCCUGGCCAGGGGUACCCCCUGUCUUUGAGGACCCUCCACCUCCAGGCCCCAGUGGUCCCUGGAGAGACCUGCCUGCAUCUGGAGUCUGGCCUCCUGAACCCCCUAGAACUGACCCCCCUCAGCCUCCCCUGCCUGAUGACCCCUGGCCAGCGGGACCCCAGCCUCCAGAAAACCCCUGGCCCCCUGCCCCUGAGGUGGACCACGGGCCUCACGAGGAGCCAGAUCUUGACCCACCCCGGGAGGAGUACAGAUAGCGGAUCCCCUAGAGGCAGCCUGGGCCUCUGCACUCGCGCCCGUCUCCACCCCUCUGACCUCCCUUGACUUCUCCCCCAUUCAGCCUAACUCCUUAACUCCUCUCCUCACUCCUUCAGUUUUACUCUGAACCUCGAAGGUGUUCUCAAUGUUUUCUGCCCCCUCUUGAGAUUCCGCACUUUCCCCUUCCCUUUUUUCUCUCACAGCUGAAGAGAACGCCUGUAUCUCACCUCCAGUCCUCGCCCCUUCCACCUCCUUUUCCCCACCCCUGGGACUCUGGGGGCAGGGCCGGCAGCACUGUGUCCUCUGCUGCCACCUGGUGGCCGACAGCUGGGACCUGUCAGGAGACCAUGGUGCUUCCAUGAAAUGGAAAAAUAAAAAACCAUGUUUUCUUAA